AUGGCUAAGAAAAGGCCAAACAGGAGUCAGAAGGCCAAGGCCGACGGCCAGCCAGAAAACCAGCCUGCUGCCGCACCUGGAGCCCAAGCCCAAGAAGAAAAUCCGCUGCAACAACGAUCUGAGAACAUAACUAUCGAAUCUGGUCGACCUCCUCGCAGGAAGGGUAAAGGGCAACACCAGCCAAAGACAUCUGGGCCCAAUCCUGACAUUGUACCACCCCGUAACCAAGGUUCCAGCCGAACCAACCCCGACGGAAUCCCCAAGAUCCGCAUCAAGGAAACCAGCAAAACCGUCCCCAGACAAAUCACCAAAAUCCUACCCAAGGAGACAGGGCAAAUCAGCCCCGUCAAGGUCGAAACCAGGCUCGGAAGCCAAAGACUCCUGCGCUGCCGCCGACACCCAACGAUCAACCAUCAUCGUCACACCAAGCGGAUCAAGCGCAUCCUCAACCUCCUCGUGCCUUAA